CAAAGAGAAGAAGAUUGUUGCUUUCUUUUAAUUAGACCCAUCAAUCACUAGGAGGAGUAGGUAUAGUCUAGAAGCAGUGCCACAAAGGAAAUGAGAAGGGCGACGCAAGGUGAAGAAGAAGAAGAGGUAGUAUUAAGAGGUUCAAAGUGCCAAGACUGUGGAAACCAAGCGAAGAAGGAAUGUUCAUACUCAAGGUGCAGAACUUGCUGCAAGAACAAAGGCUUUCAGUGCCAAACACAUAUCAAGAGCACUUGGACUCCUGCGGAUAAGAGACGCCACAAGGACAAGGAGCCACAUCACUUUCAGGGACAUAAUAUUCCUCAAAACCACAACCAGAUCAACCCUUGUUCAGGUUUGGAGUUGAAGUUUCCGGCUGCUACGAAUUCGAUGGCUAUAUUUCGGUGCGUUCAGGUUCGUUCUAUGGAUGAUGCGGUUAAUGAAAUAGCGUAUCAAACAUGUGUGAACAUUGGAGGACAUGUAUUUAGAGGAUUACUAUAUGAUCAAGGCCCCGAUGACCAAAGCUAUAAUAAUAACAAUAGGGGUGAGAGUUCGAUGGGGCUUGUUGGUCAGCAGCAGAAUCUUGGUGUUGUGAAUAAUUCUUCAAUCAACACUAGAGAUAGUAGUGGUGCAAGUGCAACUAUGGUCUCUUCUGGUCACGAUGAGACUCUUUUAACUUCACCACCGUAUCCGUUUCCUCUUAUGCCAUAUUUCUCAUACCCAAGAUCUUGAUUAGUUUCAUUUUGGAUCAUGAUGACAAUGCAAGGCAUAAUAGAAUGGAAUAUCGGUGUUGAUGGAUGUCAUGUGAAAUACUUGCUUUGUGGAGCAUUUCAAGUAAACACGCAACUAUACGUACCCUAGAUAAUAAAAU